UGUAUUAUAUACGUUAACUUCCGUCCGUCAACCGAAAUAUCCACAUAUGAAUAUAUAUGUUUAGCGCGUUUAGAAGCUAACACAGUCUGUAAAACAAUGUCUCCAACAAGAUUUACUAUUAUCUUCGUGUUAUUUUGGAAUAUUGGUGCAGCAGUUGGCUUGUACAGAGCAGAAGAUUUGUUAAAGACGGCUGUUAACAUUCUCAACCAUCUUAUUGCAAAUAAACAUUGUUCUUCAUCACAUCACGUGUGUCCAGAUUCAUGGAUACGUUUUCAAGAGUCAUGUUAUCUGUUCCCUAACCAGACAUUAAUGUUUGACGACGCCGAGCAUGUUUGUAUUCAGUACGGAUCGAAAUUGGUUCACAUUGAAAGUGAUGUAGAAAAUACUUUCCUGAAAAAUCACAUGAGGAGAUUGAAAGAUGCUAAUUAUUGGACUGGGCUUACAGCUUCUUCAGAUAGGAAAUCCUGGAUUUGGCACGGUACAAAUACACAAGCUAUGUUUUUCGAUUGGAGCAGUAUAAGCCCUAACAAUUACGGUGGGGACCAAGAUUGUGUCUUUAUGCAGAAAGCAUUUGACUUCCAGUGGAAUGAUUUAAGAUGUGUCGAAAAGUUUAAUCCCGUUUGUGAGAAAAAUUUGACACGUUUUGGCUAAAAAUGAGACAAUUAGAAAAAUGCUUAUGAACCAUGACGCAUAUCUAUAGAACGAUCACAAUAACACUUACAUAUAUUCUAUUAUCUUAUAACGUUAUGCAGAUAAUUUAUAGUACGUACCUGUGUUAUUUUGCUGAGACCGUCAUAGGGUUAGUGUUAGACACAGGACCUAUCAAAUAACUUUGAAAGGUUUUCAUUCAAGGACCACAAUAUUGGCAUUUUUAGUACUAGAAUCUUAAAGAAUGAUUUGGAUCAAAUUGUUUGACCAAUAAUAAAAAGACAAAAGAUUUGAAAGAUUUUCAUUAAAGGACCAUAAUAUCGAAUUAAAGUUCAAAUUUUGAGCCUAUUGAUAUUUUCUUUUCAGUUCCAGAAUCUUAGACAUAAUUUGGAUUAAUUGUUUGAAGAUGUACAGAAAAGCUUGUUUUAAUGAACAGAUAUUUUACAUAAUGAAAGAAAAUCAUUCCAAGUUUCCCAGUUUUAAUGUACAGUACGACUCGUAUUAAUACAAAAUUAUUGACAAUGUGAUGUUAUUUUUAUAAAUUAUUUUUCCAAAGACAAAUCAGAUACUUACAAACUAUGAAAAAUGUCUCGUGUAAUGAAACAGCUGCAUGUUUUGGUUUAUUAGUAAUGUUUUAAUAUGCAUAACCGUUUUUUUAUCAAUAUCGUUUAGUUUUAUAUAAAUACUACAUUUUCUUUUCUCUCUAUAAUUUCUCACAGAAAGGUGAAAAAAGUAUACUUCUAUCACACAGAACCUAAAAAUGGUAAUUCCAUGCAUAUGUUUGUGUUCAAAAUUGACUAACAAGCAUAUUUUACAUUUAUAAUAAAAUCUGUUCC